GCGGGGUGUGUCCCUCGGGCAGGUGCAGUCUUUGGAGGGAAAGGCCGCCGCCAGCGCUACCUCCCCUCUCCAGCCUCCCACCCCCCUCCCGACCUGGAAGAGGGGGUAUUUUACCCCAUGGAGGAGCCGGUCUUGGCCGAGAGCAUCGGUCCCCCCCCCCCGGCAGCCCUGCGCCCCCUGUCGCAUCGACCGCUUCUCUAUCUAGUUCCUCCUCCUCCUCCUUUUUUCCGCUGACUCUUAAAAUGGCGCCUUUCGCUGAAAAUACAGUGCAUUACAGUACUGUGCUGAUUAAAAAACCCCUUGUGCUUAGCGGGCAAAGCUUUCUCUUUCUGUGGGGGGCGGCAGUAAGAUCCUGGCGAAAAGAAAAUCUUGACAAGACGUCAAUGUAGUUUGCACAGGCAUACUUUUUUUGUUUGGUUCUCUCUUACCACCAAGCCUUGUUCUGUUGCUUUGCGUUAGGGAAGGGGAGAUAUGGUCACUUGAACACUAUCUGGGUAGUUAAGCAUGAAUGGGUAGCAGUUGGGAAUAGUUAAUAAAGAGAGAGGGGGAGAAUAAGGGGGAUAAAAGUGGCAAAGUAUCCAAUCUACGUGUAGGGUUGUUUUGUAUUGUUGCAUGCAGUUUUUGAAUAAUUAUUGUCAAAUUAUUUCAUCUAAGUACUUUUUUUUUUAAAAAAACCCACAAUGCUAUAUUUAUCUUAACUCUAUUAAUAUAAAGAAUUUUUUGUGGGGAAGGGAUUGACAAACUUGUUUCAAUGCAAGUAUGCCAAAUACUAAAUGACAUCACAUUAAUCUUGCAUGUUAAGUUAUGAAGGUUUGAAUUUCCUGAAUAUUUCAGGUAAAUUUUAUUAUUGGAAGUUUACAUAGUCAGGGUAGUUAUUAGUACAUAGGACUGACAAGUUUUCAUUAGAAUUCUUAGAAUUUAUUUCUGCUUACUGUAUUUUCUUGCGUGGCAGGUAGCCUGAGCACACUUAGUUGCAGGUUUCAUUGGAAUCUGUGUAAGGCACUUUUAAAUGCCUCUGCUUGGGGUUGAGGUAUAAAAUUGCUUGUAAAAGUAUUGCUAAUUAGCAACAUGUUGAGCAUGUGCGGUGUUGGCCGAGUUAACUAUUGGGGUGUUCUUGAUUCUGUACAACUUAGCUGCUGUGGUAGCAUAUUACAGUUCCAUAUGAAGUCGGAAUCAAGUUUAAAGUAUUCCAGUGCUAUCUAUACAGAAAACAGAAUUGUGGGAAUUCACUGCUGUUCAGACUGUAAUGAUAUGGGAAGCGGAAUGUAUCAUACAGUUUGGCCUCAUACUAAUGUACAAAGACAAAAGUCCUGUGCUACUCUUCCUCUCCCCAGCUUCUGCCUGUUGAAUUCAACCUUGUGCUGUCAGUUGCUGUUUACAGUGUGUGUCCAUUUGUCCUGUGCCAAGUGCCCAGAAGAAUCAGAUGUCCAUAGCUUCUGGUGUGCGUAUUGUGAAAUGCUAGUUUGUGGAGUCACUUAUUUCUUUGUGAUCUUAACUGGUUUGGUUUCUAAAAUGGCAAGCAAACUCUUCCUCUACAUUCCUGGAGCUACCCAGUUUCCUACUGUAUGUAUAGAACCUGGGGCAGUCUGAGGAGAGCAAGCUGUACUAGAAGUGGUAACUUGUGCUCGCAACAUGCAUUUAAUUUGUAGAUUGUAUAUCCCUUCACUUUUUGCAGCAUUUUUCUGCUGCUGAGGUGGAUGUGACUAGAGUUUGAGAUAAAGACGUUCUUUCAACUAUACAGUAGUGUAUAAGCAUGUCUUUACUAUGCUGAAAUACAAGAAAAUUGAUAUGCAUGGAAGUCUCAUAGAUCCUUCAAAGGACUGGUGCCAAUGUGAAAAAUAUAAGUAAUUGUUGAAAGAGUUGUCUUGGCAUUUUUAGCUUUUCUUUUUAUUAUCCCUUGUUAUCUGGAGUGUUUAAAGUUAGUAUCAAGGGAAGUUUGUUAAAUGUGGCACUAGAAACAUACUUGAGUUUUUUGUUAACCAUAUUUCAUGGUUGACAAGGCUUCUGGGGCAAAACUAGCUGUCAGCUUGUGAAAAGUACAGAAAUAAAAUCUUUUCCCUCUGGUUUACCCUAGUCCCCCCUUAAAAAUAAGUCACUUUAAUUUAUCCCAAACAAAUAAAGAAUAUGCAUUCGUGAACCCAUGUGAGAGCACUAAUAAAAUUUGAGUGUGUCCUCCAGCCACCAAUUUCCUCCCUCCAAGCAGAGCAUUGCAUUCUGUCUUACGCAUCUUUUCCUUUUCCAAUUAGCAUUUAAUAUUAUGUGAUGGCAGGUAGAGCAUGCCCAGUGCUCAUGGGGCUUUUUUUUUAGGUUGCCCCCUUAAUUUUGGGGGGUAUUUCUGAAAACCUCUGUGCCUGACUUUUCUGAUACCUCCCUCUUGUGGUCCCAUUUCUGUUAUCCUGUUUGUGUAAGCCACCUGAGUUUGUUAAUAGCGGGGAAUGAUUUCUCUGUUUAAGUGAAAUGUGUAUGGCCACACAGCUUCUAAGGAACAUAUUUUGGCACUUAUAAAUUGUCAAAAAUUCAGUUGGUCUGGAAGGUAGGUGUCUCAAUAAACAGGUUUGUUUGGUGGAAAACAAACAUUUAGAGAGAAGUGCUUUAUUAUGAUCAUUUAGAAAUACAUUUCUUAUUGAUAGGUAAGAGUGUGCUUGAAACAUUUUUUAUUCUGCAGAGAGAAGAAAAGGGAUCACUUUCAGUAUAAUCAGCAUAUAUUGCAGUCAAGGCAAAGAAUAACAGAUGGGUGUAGGAGGAAUCACCUUUAGUGUAAAGAACAGUCAGAAAUCUAAGGCAAAGUGCUUAAGAGGCUAAAGAAAUCUUGACAAAAGAAUCAAAUGUGCAAGAAGUACGGUGUCCAGUCACAGUUUGUGGAGAUGUCCAUGGACAAUUUCAUGAUCUCAUGGAACUUUUCAGAAUUGGAGGAAAAUCACCAGACACAAAUUACUUAUUUAUGGGGGAUUACGUUGACAGGGGAUAUUACUCUGUUGAAACUGUAACACUUCUGGUAGCUCUCAAGGUCCGUUAUCGUGAACGCAUCACUAUUCUUCGAGGGAACCAUGAAAGCAGACAGAUCACACAAGUAUAUGGGUUCUAUGAUGAAUGUUUAAGGAAAUAUGGAAAUGCAAAUGUCUGGAAAUACUUCACAGACCUUUUUGACUAUCUUCCUCUAACUGCCUUGGUGGACGGACAGAUUUUCUGUCUACAUGGAGGUCUUUCCCCAUCUAUAGAUACACUUGAUCACAUCAGAGCACUUGAUCGUCUGCAAGAAGUUCCACAUGAGGGUCCAAUGUGUGAUUUGCUGUGGUCAGACCCAGAUGAUCGUGGCGGUUGGGGCAUUUCUCCCCGAGGUGCUGGUUAUACUUUUGGACAAGAUAUUUCAGAAACCUUCAACCAUGCUAAUGGCCUUACACUGGUCUCAAGAGCUCAUCAGUUGGUAAUGGAGGGUUACAAUUGGUGUCAUGAUCGGAAUGUAGUAACCAUUUUCAGUGCUCCAAAUUAUUGCUACCGGUGUGGUAACCAAGCUGCAAUCAUGGAACUUGAUGAUACUUUAAAAUAUUCAUUUUUGCAGUUUGAUCCAGCACCACGCAGAGGUGAACCACAUGUUACUCGUCGCACCCCAGACUACUUCCUGUAACAAGAUUUUACACUUGUACAGCAUUGCCAUGAACCAUGUGUUGACCUAAAGGAUAUGGGAAGAGCAACAGUAACUCCAAAAUGUCAGAAAACAUUUAACAUUGAAACCUGUUUUCACAUGGACCAAAAGAUGUGCCAUAUUGAAAUACAAAGCCUCUUGUCUGUCAGCGACUGUGACCACUUUAGAAUGAACCAGUUCAUUGCAUGCUGAAGCAACACUGUUGGUCAAGAAACCAGUUUCUGGCAUAGCUCUACUUGUAGUUACUUUUGCUUUCUCUGGGAGACUGCAAAUAUUAAGAUGUAGACAUUUAACACCUUGUGAAAACAAUUAACUUUCCAUUUAGCUAUAGCUUUCCAGCAUGACUGUAGAUAAGGAUAGCAAACUAUCAUUGAAGCUUAAUGAACAUUUUAAAUAAGUACCAAGACCGAUUUUCUUAUUUGUGUUCUGAUUUUUUUCCAGGGAAAACUGUUUAAUUUAAUUGUAUGGUUGUUUUGUCUGCACUUGGUUCCCCCACAUUCUUCCCUCACACUUCCCUCUAUAUAAUGUCCCGUGUAUUUGUCCAUCAUAGUGAGUUAUUUUGAACAGAACAGGUUUUUUUUCUGUAAGAUGUUGCUGCAGAAGAGUGUUGCAGCAUUUUUUUCAUAAUAAACUUGUGAACUAAUAAUGGAAGAUAGUUGACUUUUAAAUAUAUUGCAGGUUCAUACCAUGUUGUGUUUAAUAAAAAGUAGCUUUUAUGUCUCUUUGAACCUAUGCAGAAUCCAGAUUAUGCUGAAUGAAGUCAGUGGCAAUGUACUGGGAGUCGAUGUUCAGAUAAUUUUCUCGGAGAGCAAAUGCAUGUGAAAAGAGGUCCUACAUUUUGAUAGCAAUAUGGCUUUGAGUUGUUAUUCACCUAUUAGCAUUUUCCCCACUUUAUUUAUUAAAUUACGUUUAUAAAAUUGUCAUUUUAACAGAGA